AUGACCCAGGACUCCCCGCUCGGCGUGCGCUACGCCGACUUCGUCACCGCGUUCCCGACGGGCAUCAACACCGCCGCGACGUGGAACCGCGCGCUCAUCCGCCUGCGCGGGCUCUACAUGGGCCAGGAGUUCGUCGGCAAGGGCGUGCACGUGCAGCUCGGGCCCAUGAUGAACCUCGGCAAGAACGCCCAGGGCGGGCGCAACUGGGAGGGCUUCGGCGCGGACCCGUUCCUCGCGGGCGAGGCCGCGUACGAGACCAUCCUCGGCAUGCAGCAGGGCGGCGUGCAGGCGUGCGCGAAGCAUUAUAUUAACAAUGAGCAGGAGUACCAGCGCACGAUGGAGUCGUCGAAUGUGGACGACCGCACGGAGCAUGAGAUAUACGCGCACCCGUUCAUGCGUAGCGUCAUGGCUGGUGUCGCUAGCGUGAUGUGUUCUUACAACCUGAUCAACGACACUUACGCGUGCGACAACGACAAGACUAUGAACCAGCUCCUCAAGUACGAGUUCGGCUUCCAGGGAUACGUGCAGAGCGACUGGAGUGCCACGCACUCGACCAUGAGCGCCACCGCCGGUCUCGACAUGACCAUGCCAGGCGACAUCGCCUUUGGCUCGAACACGUCGUACUUCGGCGCGAACCUGACCGCGUUCGUGCAAAACGGCACGAUCUCGCCGGAGCGCCUGGACGACAUGGCGACGCGCAUCGUCGCGGCGUGGUACCUCCUCGGGCAGGACAGCCCCGCCUUCCCGAACGUGAGCUUCAACGCGUUCAACGCGCUCGACCCCGCGACGAACGCGCACAUCGACGUCAUGGACGAUCAUUACACGGUCGUCCGGGAGAUCGGCGCGGCGUCGACGAUAUUGCUGAAGAACGUGAAUGAUACGCUGCCGCUCAAGGGUGUGAGGAGUAUUGCGAUGAUCGGAUCGGACGCGGGACCGAGCUUGCGGGGCCCCAACGGGUAUACGGAUCGGGGCGGGGACGACGGCAUCCUCGCCAUGGGAUGGGGGUCCGGCACGGACAACUUCCCAUGGCUGAUUUCUCCGCUGGAAGCGAUCCAGGCGCGCGCGCGCCAGGACCACACGCUCGUGUCGUGGUUCCUGGACGACUUUGACUACGCGGGCGUCGCCGCGGCGGUCGCGGGGCAGAACAUGGCGAUCGUGUUCGUGAACGCGGACUCGGGCGAGGGGUACAUCACCGUCGACGGGAACGAGGGCGACCGCAAGAACCUGACGGCGUGGCACGGCGGCGACGAGCUCGUCUUGACCGUCGCGGCGAACAACAAUAAUACGGUCGUCGUCACGCACAGCGUGGGCCCGCUGAUUAUUGAGCCCUGGGUGGACCAUCCGAAUGUUACUGCCAUCCUGUGGGCUGGGCUGUCGGGCCAGGAGACGGGCAACUCGCUCGUGGAUAUCUUGUAUGGCGCGUGGAACCCCUCCGGACGGCUGCCAUACACCAUCGCGAAGAACGCGAGCGACUACUCGAGCCAGCUCGUCCUCGGCGGUACGCCGGAAGAUAUCCUGAGCAUCAACUACACCCAGGGCCUGUUCAUCGACUACCGGUGGUUCGACGCGCAGAACAUCACGCCGCGCUACGAGUUCGGCUACGGGCUGAGCUACUCGACGUUCGAGUACUGCAAUCUGGACGUGCAGAAGAUCUAUAAUGCCGAUAACGGGCUCGAUGCAAAUCUGAUCGCGAACUGGGAGGCGGGGCUGCCAAACCCGCUCGGCGUCGGGUCGACGACGGCGCUGUGGCUGCACACGCCCGCGUACCAGGUGUCGUUCGACGUGAAGAACACGGGGGCGUACUACGGGGGCGAGAUCCCGCAGCUGUACGUGCACUUCCCGGCCGAGUCGGGGGAGCCGCCGCAGGUGCUCAAGGGCUUCACGAACUUGAACUUGAACCCCGGUGAGACGCAGCGCGCGACGAUCACGCUUAACCGCCAUUCGCUGUCCAUUUGGGACGUCGUGGCGCAGGGCUGGGUGAAGCCGAACGGGACGAUCACGUUCACCGUCGGCGCGAGCAGCAGGGACCCGCGCCUCAAUGGCACGAUCACUAUCUAACGAGAUCUACCAAGGAUCACAGAGACUACAUGACGCUUCGGUGAUGGACGAAUAGACUCUUUCUAAUGGACGGCGGUUAGAGAAGGGUGCCCUAGACAGUAGGACCUUGUUCUUGGUCUGUGUUUGUCGUCGUACUGCUGUCAUUUCAUUGGACACGCUUUUGAAGGACCAGUCGUUGCUUUGUACACGAUGACGUUUCACGAAUUGCAUUAUGGAAAGUGAGGAGUAUUGAUAGUGGCUGUCCAGAUGGAUAUCUACAUGACACAAAUCCCGGCGCACCGGCAGUUGUGUCGGUACUCAGAGUACACAUGUGCCUCGUCGCACAUAAAUUCAGUCUUCAUUCGGAAGAGACACCCAGGAUUAUUUCGCCUUCGCAGCUUUGCACUCGGCCCUGUGAGUCUUCCAAUCCUCCUUCUGAUGUUCCUUCCCGCAGUAAUAGAUCUUCCUACACCCAGUGCACGCCUUCAAAUCGCGCGGACUCCCACACUUGGCGCACAGCGCCUGCUUGAUCCUAUCCCUCCGCUCACUGACCGUCUCGCUCACGAACCUCAGACUCUCGGGGUCGUCAAACUCCCUGACCUCGCUCUGGCCCUUCCUGAGGCGCGGCUUGCCCGGCAGAGCGUCCUCGAGCAGCGCCUCGGGGCGGAGCGGGUGGUUCACGACCUUGGGCCCGCUGCGCACGCUCGCGGCGGAGCGCAGCGCCUCCG